GCAGAGGGAGAGGACAGCCUGAAGAGGAUGCAGCUGAUGGAGCUGGCCAUCCUCAACGGCACCUACCGAGACGCCAACAUCAAGUCACGUAAGGAUGACAUCACCGCUCCCCCUCCCUCUCCCUGGGGGGGUAAGGGGGGUAGGCUCUGACUGACACAGUAGAACAGCCCUUUGUGUGUCCGGGAACUCAUGGGUGUAAUUCAAACUGCUCCUUUUCUCUCACAACAAGUGAGGAGUGUUGUGUGGUGCCAUGCACAGUGGCUGAACUGAACAGAGGGUGCUUUUGGCUUGUCACAUUCAGCAUUCACCUCAGUGCAUUUUCCUAUUGGGUGGCACUCGGUCGAGUCGAGUUCUUUGAAGGAGGAAGAGAGGAGGUCUGGCUCUGACUGGGCGUCCAUUUUAUGUCGCUGAGGGAAAUGCGUGCGUCAUUCCAAUCACAUGGUGUUUGUCCUAAACAAAUCCCAGCCAGCACUGCUGUGGCAGAUUCUAAAUCAGUACUAGACAUGAAUGGAGGCAAGCCUUGAAUACCUCUCUCACAUAGUGCUAAAUGCUGUGUAGUGGAAGCUAAGGCCAGUGUGUCGAACAGUUUGCUUAUGUAGCCUGUCCUAUUCCUGACUUAUCUGAUAUGCUUUGAGUGUGUCCUAUGAUAUGUGUGAUAGAUGCUAACUUGUGUUUUCUCCUCCUUUUUCUCCCUACCUCCCUUCUCCUCCUCCUGUGUUUUCCCGCUCACUCCAGCUGCCCUUGCCUUCUCUUUUGCAGCGAACGCCCAGGCGCCCCGUAUCAUCACUGGCCCCGCCCCCAUGCCCCAGAACGCCCUGCGCACACCUACACCGGCCGGCCCCACCCUAAUGCCCCUGAUCCGACAGAUCCAGACCUGCAUGCCCAACGGCUCGCCCCACCCGGGUGUCAUGACCCAGGGUCCCGAGUCGGGCCUCAUAUACGCGUCGCCCUACGAUUACCCCUACACGCUGGCCCCUGCCACCUCCAUUCUGGAGUACCCCAUCGACUCCAGCGGGGUGUUAGGUAAGCAUGCGUGCCCCUGCGAUUGCCCCGCAGCCCCCCACCAACAACACCACCACCACAUCCAGUGGAACCCAGCCCCCAUGCUGAUCCUGCGCCACACCUCCUAAAUACCCCCCCCCCACCCCCCCACCCCACCCCCACCCCCACCCCCACCCCCCUUUACUACAUCUUUCUUUUCACUAUCAUGAGACACUUCUCUCAUCUAAAAAGCCCUUUAAGUAAUGUGUGCAUAAAUGAACAGGCAGUUAAGUGCUCAACUGGCUCUAUGUGAAUUACAAGAGGGAGCUGUUUUAUUUGGGAAAAGGUCCUUACCAUCCUCUCUCCCAGUCCCCGCAUACACACGCAGCCCUAUAGCUUUGAAAGAGCCACUUUAGAAAAUAAGAUUAGAAAUAGCAUAUUACCAACACAACGUGACUCCAUUAAGAAUGCACCCAAAGGCACAGUGUAAACCUGAACUGCUAUCAAUGCAUCAAAAUGCCAACAGCAGCUUGUCCAAUUGGGUUGAGCACAUUCUAGAUAGCCAGUCUGUAUCGUGUCAGCCAGUAGCCGCCAGCUUUCUGCCCAGUGCAGUUGACCAAGCCUCCAACUGUGUGUCUGGGUGAAGGGAGAGGGGGGGGUGAGUGGGGGUGUUACUGUGAGGGGGGGGGGGGGUCGAGGAGCGGCGGAGCCCAGCGAAGAUUUCACCCUGUCUCUCUCUCUUGUGUAACCUAUACAGCGUCCUCAAAGGCCGAAGAGCUGCCCCUCUACCUUGGGUUUCAGACCUGUCACUUUCCCAUCACUGUGCAGCGAGGAGAGCCCUCCAACCGGCCUCCCUUUUAAAGAAACACCCCCUUCCCUCCCUCCUUCCCUCCAUCCCCUCACACAACACACACCCACCUCCUCCUCCCCCCACCCUCCCUCCCCGCCACCACACGUUGGACUGGUCGAGGAUCGGCCCUCUCUGAACAACCACAAGCCACAUGGGGAAGCCUCGGCCCUUCCUCUUUUAAUGUCUGUUCAAAGUGACUUGUGUGUUACUGAUCAACCCUUUUUGAUUUCCUGUCCUGAUGAUGAUGAUAUAUCUGUGUAUGAUGAUGAGGGAGAAAAAGCACUGAGCCCCACACUGCUGGAGACCCCCCUUGGCCCCCCCCCCCCCCUCACCCUCUCUCUUGGGUGUGGCUCUGGGGCGUCUGGAGGGGUAACAUGAGGAUGGUGAGGGGUCAGCGGGGGUCGA